AUGCAGAAUGCUCGGAGUCUGCAACGAGAUGACAGCCGUAUAAUCAUCCAUUUCGACUACGAUUGCUUCUAUGCUUCCGUGGUCGAGAACGAGAAUCCUGCCCUCAAGUCGGUACCGCUCGCGAUCCAGCAGAAACAGAUCGUGGUAACAUGCAACUAUGAGGCCCGGCGGCGGGGCCUGCGAAAACUACAACUCAUAACCGAAGCUAAAAGAGUCUGUCCCGAUGCCGUGAUCGUCCUUGGUGAGGAUUUGACUCGAUUCCGCGAUGCAUCCAAGGAACUGUACGGCUUUCUCCAGCGGUCCGUAUGGAGUGGCAGGGCAGAGCGCCUCGGAUUUGACGAAGUGUGGCUGGAUUGUACGGACAUGGUCGACUACAAUGUAGGUCUACUCAACCAAAACGACCUCACCCACUCCUUCUUCUGCCUAGCCAGAGAUGACCCUACGGUUGGAUUCGAUUACGACGCUUCGACGGUCUUCGGCCCCACGUUUCCCGCUCACGCGUUCCAACGUGCAUCGUGCACUGAGGAGGAGGCACAAUUGAGGCAACGCUUGGUCGUCGGCUCCCAUCUGGCCAGGCAUCUCCGUCAUGAGUUGGAAAGCCAGAAAGGCUACACCUCUACUGUUGGCAUCGCUACGAACAAGUUAUUGGCGAAAUUGGUUGGCAACGUGAACAAGCCCAAAAGCCAGACUACAAUCCUGCCGCCAUACCGACCUGUCGGCCAUGUGGAUGCGACCGUUACCCAGUUCCUUGACAAGCAUGACAUUGGCAAAAUCCCAGGCAUUGGUUUCAAACUUGCGCAAAAGAUCAGAACGUGCGUGUUGGGUCGCCAGCUGGGACUUCCUCAGCCGUACACUUGUGGAGAUGCGAAAUAUUCGGUAACUGUCCAGGACGUCCGUAGUCAUUCUGGCAUGGGACCCGAGAUGCUCGAAGAGAUCCUUGGCGGUGCGGGAUCGCCUAGGGGCAUCGGCGGAAAAGUGUGGGAGUUGAUUCACGGUAUUGACGACAGUGAAGUUGGUAAAGUCAAGCGCGUUCCGUCACAGAUCAGUCAGGAGGACUCGUACCCGAGAUACUUGGUUACAUUCGCAGAGGUGAAGAAGCAGCUGCACACCCUGAGCGAAAGACUUAUCCGUCGGAUGCGCAUGGACCUUCUAGAGGACGAGGAAGGGGAAGGGGAAGAAGAGUUCCGUCCACGCGAAGCUGGCCCACGACGUCGGUGGAUGGCACACCCGCGAACCAUCAGGCUAUCAACGAGGGCUCGUCCAGCAACUGCACCAGAUGGUGCUCGACAGAGGAUGUCUAACCGGAUCUCGCGGUCGGCGCCUAUGCCCAACCUGGUCUUCAGCCUCGUUGAGGAGCCUUCCAUUCUCGCUGACCGCUUGGUAGAGGAGACUUUGGUGCCGAUGUUCCGCAAAUUGCACCAUGAGAAAGCUGGAUGGAACCUUAACCUGAUCAAUGUCGCGGUGACCAACAUGGCCGAGACUGCAGCGGAAAGCAAAGACAGCCAAGGCAGGGAUAUUGGGAGGAUGUUCCGGCGCCAGGACGAGGUGCUGAAAGAUUUCAGAGUCACCGUCGAUUCAGAAGGAGAUGACGGGACCGGGUCUCUCUCGCCGAGAGGCGAACAUCUGGAUCCCGAGAUACCAGACUCGAUCCGGAACGCACCCAAAGCUGAUUGCUUGGCUACGGAUGAUUGGGACUUCGAGGGCGACGACGGUCAACAGGCCGACCGCUGCGAGUAUUGUCACUACGAAGUUCCUUCAUUCGCAUUGGCGGCUCAUCGGAGAUAUCAUGAAUUGGGUACUUGA